AUGGAAAGCUAAGAGGUAAGAAAUUAAUUGACAAAAUUUAGAAAGACAAUGACUAGCCUUUAUUGAAAUAAAGAUUUGAACCUUUUUCAAUAGAGGAAUCAAAAGAAAAAAUUGAAAUUGAAGAGGAAAGCAAGUUUGAUUAAAUGAAAGACUUUAUGUUUGGAAUAAAUAUAUAAAAUUGUUAGAGAGAUGUUUAUUUGGAUGGGAAGGUUAAUCCAAGAAAUAAAUAAAAUAAUUUCAUAAAAAACUCAAAAUACAAUGCAUUUACAUUUUUACCCUUAGUUUUGUUUGAAUAAUUCCAUUAAUUUAUAAACUUAUUUUAUUUGGGUUUAACGAUAACUUAAUGUAUAAGUUUUUUGAAAGUUGGUAAAAUAAUAUGCUAUAAAAGGAUUUUUAAUUGAUUAUUUAGGACCACUUGCUUUGGUAGUUGCAAUAUCUUUACUAAAAGAAUUGUAUGAUGAUAUAUAGAGACAUAUGAGGGAUCAUUAAAUAAAUAAUUAUGAGUAUGGUUUAAUAACAAGAAAUGGGAUUGAAAAGAUAUCAAGUGGGAAUAUUAAAGUAGGCCAAAUAGUGGAAGUUAAAUGUAAUGAGAGAAUACCAGCAGAUUUAUUAGUUUUAUAUGCUGAGUAAGAAGUUUAAAUGAUAAUUUAAGUGAUGAAUAAGGAAAUGUAUUUAUAAGAACAGAUUAAUUGGAUGGUGAAACAGAUUGGAAAUUACGAAAGGCAGUUAAAGCAACUUAAAAUUUAAUUAAAAGUGGUUCAGAUCCUAGUUUAUUAGUAUCAUCGAGUAGUUAUGCAACAUGUUAAGAACCAAUAGCAAACAUUUAUUAAUUUUCAGGAUUGUUCAAUUAUAAAUAUCAAAAAGAAUCCUUAUCUUUAGAACAUGUGAUGUGGGCAAAUACAAUACUAGCAACAGGUAGAAUUUAUGGAUUAGUGAUAUUAAAUGGAAAGGAAACAAGAAUGGCAAUGAAUAGUAAAACACCAAAGACUAAAUUUGGUAUACUUGAUGGUAUUUUGAUAUAUAUAUAAAAUUAGAUGAGGUAAAUUGGUUAAGUUUUUUAUUAUUCAUUAUGAUGUCAAUUAUGGCUGGAAUAGUAACAGCAUUUAGUGGUUAACCAGCAACAGCUAGUGUUGUUACUGUAGCUUAUAUUAGAUAUUUAGUAUUACUUAGUAAUAUCAUUCCAGUAACUAUUUUAUUUAAAUUUAGAUAUCUAUGAGAGUUAACUUGGAAUUUGCAAAAUUGGUUUAUUCUUAUAAAAUUAAUAUUGAUCCUUAAAUUGAAGGCACUAUCACUAGAAAUUCAAAUAUUCCAGAGUCUCUUGGGAGAAUUUAAUAUUUAUUAAGUGAUAAAACUGGGACUUUGACUUAAAAUGAUAUGAUUUUCAAAAAAUUGUCAUUAGCAUCAGCUUAAUUUUCAGAAGAAGAUAAAGAUGAAAUGAAAAAGGUUUUAUUAGAACAAUGUAAAUUAAACGAAUAUCCUAUGCAGGAUGUUGUCAAUUUUAUAAAUAAAAACAAUACAAAAUUGAGAUUAAAAAGAGAAAGAGAUUAAGUUUUUAGAGAUUUAAUGUUUGCAUUAUGUUUAUGUCAUAAUGUGACACCAAUAUAUGAGGGAGAUAAUUAAAAAACAUUUUAGGCCUCAUCUCCAGAUGAAAUUGCCUUAGUUAAAAUUGCAGAAGAGAUUGGAAUUUAAUUAGUAUCAAGAGAUUAAAUUCAAAUUAUAAUUAAAGAUUGUUUAGAUAGAAAACAAAAGUAUGAAAUCCUAAAUAAUUUUCCAUUUUCCAGUGAAACAAAAAGAAUGGGAAUUAUUUUAUAUAAUAGAGAAGCAGAUAGAUAUAUUUUUUAUGUUAAAGGAGCUGAUGCAGUCAUGAAAUCAUUAGUAUAAGAACAUUAAAGAGGAUUUAUAGAUGAAGAAUGUGAAAACUUAGCAAGAGAAGGGUUUAGAACCUUAGUAAUCACCUAAAAAUUAUUAAGCAAAUAAGAAUAUGAAAAUUGGAAAGUAAAAUUUGAUUAAGCAAAUGAAUAAAUAGAAAAUAGAGAGACUGAAAUUUAGAAGGUUAUUUAAUAAUUAGAAAAAGAUAUGGAAUUCUUAGGGAUUACAGGAGUAGAAGAUAAAUUAUAAGAAGAAGUUUGUUCUACUUUGGAGAAUGUUAGAAAUGCAGGUAUAAAUGUAUGGAUGUUAACUGGUGAUAAAAUAGAAACUGCUAUAUGUAUUGCAAUAUCAAGUGGAAUUAAGUCUCCAACUUAAUAAAUCUUUUUAAUCAAGGAAACUUCUGAUCCUGAAAAAUUUUAAUAGUAAAUAAAUACUUUUGGUAUCGAUACUAAUAAUUAUUUACUGGUAAUAGAUGGAACUAGUUUAAAUACAGCUUUAACAUAUUUUGAAGAAUUGUUUUUUACUAUUGCAACUAAGAGUUUAUCAGUAGUAUGUUGUAGAUGUUCUCCUACUUAAAAAGCCUAAGUUACAGAGUGUAUUAAAUUCUACACAAAGAAAGUUGUUGCAUGUAUUGGGUAUAAAUAAAUACUUAUUUAUUUUAGAGAUGGAGGAAAUGAUGUUGGUAUGAUUCAAUCUGCUGAUGUAGGUAUUGGUAUUGAAGGAAAAGAAGGAAAAUAGGCUGCAUUAGCUUCUGAUUUCUCAAUAAUCAAAUUUAAAUAUUUGAAUGUAUUAUUACUCUGGCAUGGCAGAUUAUCAUAUAAAAGAAGUGCUUUGUUGUCAUAAUUUGUUAUUCAUAGAGGAUUAAUCAUUUCUGUUAUUUAAGCUGUUUUUAUGUUUGUAUUUUACUUCUUAUCCAUCAGUAUUUUUAGUGGUGGCUUAUUACUUGGAUAUUCCACUAUUUAUACGUAUUCACAAUUAUUUUAUCUUUAGAAUGUUUCCUGUUUUUUCGAUUAUAUUUGAUGAAGAUGUAGAUAUUAAAAUUGCGCUUCAAUAUCCUCCUCUCUAUAGAUCAUUAUAAAAAGGUCGAGAUCUUAAUGCCAAGACAUUUAUGGUCUGGGUUUGGAAAUCUAUAUUUCAAGGAGUUAUCAUUAUGAUUUUGGCUUUGGCUAUGUUUAAAAACAUUUUCCUAGAAAUUGAAACAGUGGCUUUUACAGCUCUUAUUUUUAAUCAAUAUGCAUUGACCUUAAGUGAAGUAACUUUACUCUUUUUAAUUUUAGUUGCAUUCUUUACACAUAGUGAUGAUUAUAUCAAAUGUAGCAUCAGCUUUUAUUUACAUUUUAACCAUUAUGUGGUUCCCAAAUCAAUUAUUGGUUUCAGCUAUGACAUUUUAAUUCUUCUUUUAUGUGAUCCUUAUCGUUAUGGUAAGUUGGUCCCCUUGUUUUAUUGCCUAAAAGAUUUUAAAGAGAUAUGAUCCAUCUGAUUAUGAAAAAAUAAUGGCUAAUGUAAAGAGAGAAUUAAUCAAUACCAAAAUUUUUAAGUGA